AUGCAAAAACAACCCCUGGAUUAUUCUAAAGAACCUACUCGUCCUGCCCACCAGUUGAUUGUUCGCAAAGACAAACCUUUCAACGCAGAGCCACAGCUACAGGACCUUGUCAAGCAUUACAUCACACCCGAUCAAUAUCACUUUAUACGCUCGCAUGGUCCUGUGCCAAUGCACCUUGAUGCCGCCACCCAUUUCAUCACCAUCAUUACCCACGACAAUCACAGCCAUCGAAUUUCAGUCAAUGACUUGAUCAACAAGUUUGAAAAGCACCAUGUCAUGAUGGCAAUGCAGUGUGCGGGCAACCGACGAGAUGGAUUGCAUCGAGUUAAACACACCAAAGGAGUGAUUUGGGGUGCAGCAGCUGUGGGUAAUGCCGUUUACAGUGGAUGCCGGUUGAAAGAUGUCUUGGAGACCGUGGGUAUUCAUAGUAGAAUCAGCAAUGUACAACAUCUCCAUGUAGCCUUUGUGUCUGAGGAACAGUGUGAAGAAGAUACUUGUUACGGGUCCUCGAUUCCUUUGUGUAAAGCACUGGACGAAUUUGGGGAUGUCCUUUUGGCGUAUGAGAUGAAUCACAAGCCAUUAACCCGUGAUCAUGGGUACCCAUUGCGAGUCGUUGUCCCGGGCUACAUUGGUGCACGCUCUGUAAAGUACCUCAAAUCGAUUACCAUCCAGCCUUACGAGUCAUCAUCGUAUUUCCAACAACGAGAUUACAAGCUAUUGCCUGGAAAGAUAUCCAACGAAAAGGAGGCAGAGGCCUAUUGGAGCAAGGUCCCAUCGAUUGGUGAAUACAAUGUCCAAUCCUAUGUUUGUGAUCCACCCAACGGAGAGACAUCACAAGGAAAAGAAAUGGUUGUCCAAGGUUAUGCAUUGUCAGGUGGUGGUCGAAGUAUACAACGCGUAGAUGUAUCGAGCGAUAAUGGUGAAUCGUGGACACUAGCAGACUUGUAUCAACCAUGCGUAAACGAUUCAGCUCAUGCGUGGGGCUGGUGCUUGUGGACAGCAAGAGUAACGAGUCAUCCAGGAGUGCGUAUUGUUAGUCGUGCUGUUGAUGCAGCUGGAAAUGUACAGCAAGAAUACCCUGUUUGGAAUUAUCGUGGUGUCCUUAAUAAUGCUUGGCGUACGGUGGAGGCACCUUCUCAACUAUAA